ACGAGGGAUUCGCUCCAGAGACAGAGAGAGCAGAAGUCAAGUUGGAGAGCUGAGGAUUUGCUCACCUGUGCACCAAAGAGAAGAGAACCCAGAACCAUGGGCAGGCAGAAGGAGAUGCUCUCGGCCAUCGGAGGGCGGAUGCGGAUCAGGAAUAAGCUCAUCCGGCAAGCUCUGGCUGAAUGCUUGGGGACACUCAUCCUGGUGCUGUUUGGUUGUGGUUCAGUGGCGCAGAUCGUGCUCAGCCGAGGGAGCCACGGACAGUUUCUGACGGUCAACCUGGCUUUUGGUUUUGCUGUGACGCUGGCAAUUCUCAUUGCUGGACAGGUCUCAGGUGCCCACUUGAAUCCUGCAGUCACUUUUGCCAUGUGCUUUAUGGCCCGGGAACCUUGGAUCAAGCUGCCAAUUUAUGCUCUGGCACAAACCCUUGGAGCGUUUCUCGGAGCAGGCAUCGUAUACGGCUUGUACUUUGAUGCCAUCUGGGCUCAUGCUGGGGAACAGCUCUUGGUGGCAGGUCCUAACGGCACAGCUGGCAUCUUUGCUACCUACCCAUCAGAACAUCUGCACUCUGUGAAUGGAUUCUUUGACCAGUUCAUUGGCACCGCAGCUUUGCUUGUGUGUGUCCUGGCCAUUGUGGAUCCCUACAACAACCCAGUCCCUAGGGGUCUGGAGGCCUUCACCAUUGGCUUGGUCAUCUUGGUGAUUGGACUUUCCAUGGGUUUCAACUCCGGAUAUGCCGUCAACCCAGCCCGAGACUUUGGACCUCGUCUCUUCACCGCCAUUGCUGGAUGGGGCUCAGAAGUUUUCACGGUUGGUGGAAAUUGGUGGUGGAUCCCGGUCGUUGCCCCUUUCCUUGGAGCCAUCGCUGGUGUCUUGGUCUACCAACUGAUGAUUGGAUGCCAUGAUGAGCCACCUCCCGAAUCCACCGAUGAGGAAAACGUCAAGCUCUCCAACAUCAAGCAGAGGGAGGCUGUUUGAAGCUGAAAGGGAAAGCUACUCCACCUUUCUCCAACCUCAAUGUGCCUUUGGACAAUUUUUUUAAGUAAAAAAAAAAGACUGCAAAUAACCAAAGAAACGAGAAUGCAGAACAAGACAGACGCAUGGCAGGAGUUUCCUCACCUGCUUUUGAGCUAGUAUUCUCUGCCUCUGUUCAGUUAGUUUUCCUUUGGGCCAGAAGAGUGGAAACCCAAAAAUAAUGUAAUAAAGGUCAACCCACUGCUCUGUGUUGCUGAGCAUCUGGCAAACUGCUAUAGUUUGGCACAACAGAAUCCUGGCUUUCAUAUAUAUAUUUGCUUUAGGAAGUUGCCUAUGCAUUUGCCUGCUCCCAAACAUUAAAUUAAGGUCUCCACUUGGGGUGAAAAAUGAGGCCAUUGGUCAGUUGAAGACUGAGACCAACACUAAGGUGUCAGAGUCUAAUUUUACACUAAUAGAGUUGUGCAGUUUGAUAUCAUAAUGACUGCCAUGGCUCAAUGCUAUGAAAUCCUGGGAGUUGCGGUUUGUAAAAGUGGUGUCAAACUGCAUUAAUUCUACAGUGUAGAUGCACCUGUAGACAUGUAUAAGAUGCCAACAAGAUUCCAGAUUGAGUUUCCUUUUGCUGAACGCUAACAAACCUAUUGCUUUGUACCUGUCCAUUGUCUUCCCCGUUGUCACAAUGUGGGAUCAAGGCAUGUUGCUUCACUUCUGUAAAUAUUUUGGGGCCGGGGGGUGGGUGGGAUGGGGUUGAGGUCAGGAAUCAUAUUAUGCAGUUGCUGCCUAAGAUCCCUUUGCAGAACAAUCUGAGGCUUUCCAGGGCUGGAUUCAUCCCAGUCACAUUUUGAACACAAGGCAAGGGAUGAUGAACCAGUCUUGUCAGUCUUUUCCCCAGCAACCUAAACAACCACCAAAGUAGGAGUGACAUCCAGAUGAGAUAUAUGCAUGAAGAUUCACCGCUAGCUAAGAAAAGGUGGUUGAAACUAUUGAUUUGCAACGUAAGACCUUUUCCAAGCUUUGCAAACCUGCCUUGUUAUGUUCGAUCACAAAUAUAGCAUUUGACUUUUGAUAAACCUGUGUGCACGUGCCAACUUAGAUCUUGCUUCAAGGUGCUUCUCCUCCUCCUCCUUCUUCAAAACAUGCAUUUAUAAAGAUAGCCCUGGGUGGUAUCUUUCCAGGCUGAGCAAAG